AUUUACUCCAACGCAUCAUAUUGUUGCUGCUUAUCAUAAAUACAACUCAAAUAGGCAAACUGAAAAUUACUUUUUAAGCUUUGAUUUGAGGUAGCUAGCCAUGAAAAAAACUGCAUCUGUUGUCCUGCUUACUUUAGUAAUAAUCUAUUGCUUUACCAUAAAUAACGUAUGUUAUAUAAGUUCGAUUAAACCUUUUAUAUACUCACAAAACGAUCUUCAACAAAAUAAUGAAAAUCUCCUUAUUAGGUUGGAAACUUCAAAACUUACCAAAAAGUCUUCUGAUUUAACAAAAACAUGCUGGAAAAAUACUUUUGCUCUUAAUAAAAAAAAUGUUACUGUUUCUUCACCACAAAAUGUACUCUGUUUAUUUAAACCUUUGAAGAUGGAAACUAAAAAAGAAUUUAGAAAACCAAUUGUUGUUUUAGGCGUCGGUGUUCAUUUAGGACCAGCAGCCGACAAUAAGGAAGUUUUACCCAAAGCAGGCUUCAAGUAUAUUAGUUGGGAAUUCAGAGAUAAACAAUAUAAUAGACUACAGAAUAACCUCAUUCAUGGUUAUUCUAAAGAACAUUUAAAGUUAACGCAAGAAUUGUUUUGGAAUGCCUACAAAAAUGAUUCUGAAUUAAAUGAAGCUGAUAUUAUUGUUUGUGGAUUUGAUGUAUGGCAUUGUUUAAUAUUUGCUCCAUUUAAUAAAAAAAUUGUAAUAAACAGUAAUUACAGAUUUGAUGGACACUUAGGAACGUCAUAUGAAGAUAUGAUUGAGUUACAAAAAGAAUUGUAUAAUGCUGUACGAUAUAAUCCUGAUGUCAUUAUGGCUGGUGGCAUUCUUUAUGAUGUAAUGUACCAACAGCAUUAUCUUGGUUCACAUAAAAUAAUACCAUUACCUGCAUCAUGUGAAUAUGUUCAGAGUCGAAUUAAAAAAGACCUUCAAGAGAAAAAAAAUUGCAUUAAUGAAUGUAAAAAAGCUGUCAACAAAACAUUGGUUGUAAUAUUUCCAAAACGUUUGUCAAAAGGUGGGGAAAAAAUUGCAAAUGAAAUCAUACAAGAAGCAAGAAAAAAAGAAAGAUCUUUUGAAAUAAAACAUUUUGAAGAGUGUUUUUCGAAAGGAUAUAAUUACUGUCAACUGGAUCAAUUUGAUGUCGCAAUCAUGUUAGGAUAUUCUGUAAUGUCAUAUUUCAGUUGUGAAGUAGCUAAUAUAGGUAUUCCAUUGUUUGUACCAACACCGGAGCUAUAUGCCAACUACGAAAAACUGUAUCAUCUUGUGGAAGAACGAAAACAAAGGUUAGGUCAUACUUCUUAUGAUGCCAUGAAGCAGAGCAGCAGAUCUUUAAAUUUCGGAUACAAUCCUAAUGAUGACUUUGAUGAGAAAGCGCUUCAACGUUGGCUCAGUUACUCCGACUAUUACUAUUACGGUGGUGUCGAACUCUUCAAUAAUUAUGAAAAUCUGUUCAACAAAAUUUCUACUACAAACCUCAUAAACUUAAAACAAAAUGCUUAUAAACAUCGCAUCGAGAACGCAAAAAUUGGAGUUGAACAUUGGCAAGCAAUUGGCAUGUACUUUUUUGGUGAAACUGAUUUUCCUCAUGAAGAAACUAUCAUACCAAAUACAUUGAAAGAAGGUUUAGAAAUGUGGCAAAACGCUGUUAGUAGACCUAAUUUUACAUCAACUGGCGGAAAGUAUUAUGAUGGCAUUCCCGUUGUUGCUGUUUUGCUUGAAGAUUUAAACGGAAUUAUACCAGAGUGUUCGAAGUUUAAAUAUGUUAAAAUUGUAUUACUGACAAAUAGAACUGAAAUAGUUAAUGAAUGCCAUUUGCUGAACUAUGAAACUCUUUUAAAGAAUUUUGAAUUAAAUUUGUUUUUUAGUAGAAGUUUUACGAAAUUAAAAAAAUGGCAUGAAAUUGCAAUGGUUAUGUAUGCAAUUUCUCAACGAGCAAGUAAAAUAACUAUAUUUUCUAAGUUAGGAAAAUUUUCGAGAGAUUGUUAUAUUUCAAAUGAGUUUGAAUUCCUCGGAGACGAGAAAUUGUGGACACUUUCAUUUUAUGAUUCAUCACAAUAUUGGUACAUUUUUGCACCAGAAGAUAAUCAAGUUUUUAAAUAUUGGAUUAAAACUGUGUCGUCAUUUACAAGUGAGCUAGACACUAUAUUGUUAAUGAAAUGCCGAACUUUUUUUCAAAAUAGUGAAAAAAAAUUUUCUGAAGAAGAAAUUGAUUACCUAAGUUCAUAUUUGCAAUAUUGGCAAAGCGAUGAAACUGAAAGUUUUUUUCACAUUGUCGAUCAGUUAAACUUUGAACUUGCUGUUCGUGGCUAUCUUUCAAAACUACAUGCUAAACUCCAUCGGUGGCUAUUGUACAACCUAGUGCAAUUAGGUUAUUAUCAACUGCCAUUAAUAAAUAAGUUAAUUGAAACAUAGCUAAUACUUUGAUAUAUUUUGAAAAUAUUUUAAGACUUUUUUAGACGUUGUUAUAUUUUUUUUGGGUGUUUUUUGUACAGUAUAAAUAGUACCUUCAUAGACUUAAAAGAAAA